AUGGCCAUGAUUGAUGCUAUCAUAAAAGACUUAUCGUCUGCACUUGAGGAUGUUUCCAUCAAGGAAGAUGGUGUCAUACCGAAGGAUGAGUUUGUUCUUGUCGAUAGUGGAGAUCAAAUAUCGACCGAAAUUGAUUUGAAAAUGGUUCAACUUCUUGAAUUAAUCGAUCAAUAUGAAGUUUUAACCAACGGAGAUUACCGCUUAAACUUCAUCAAUGGUAGUCUUAACCUCAGUAGGGCAAACUAUAAUACUGGUCUGUUAUCCAAGAAGUUUGGGCCUGAGUCUUAUGACUUGAGAAGUUACAAUGCAUGCAAAACAAUUGAGGUUAUCAAGGGACAUUUCAAACUUGUAGAUAACUUGAAAAUUCAAAAGGAGAAGGAUUUAUUAGAAUCUGAAAAGAAGACAGAUAAAACUGUCCAAUCAACUGAAAUAGAGGUGAAAGAAUCUGAACCAACUUCUACUACAACAAAUUUGGCUAAACCUACUUCUUUAAAAAAUAGAAAACAGCUGAAGAAGCAGAAGGAUAAUACAAUCACCACCACAGAUGAACAACUCAACAAACUCAAAGACCCAAUAACGCAAUUUGGUGGGUUGGUUCCAUACCAAUUACGCCAGUCUCAGCAAUUCUUCCAGUCUUGGUUGGAAAAUGCCAUGACAAUUGUAAACUUGCAAAGUCAAAUAAAUAAGCUCGUGGCCGACAUUACCGAGCAGGAAGUAAUACUGGGGGGCGGGACCGAUAAAUAA